UUGAAGUGAGGUUAUGUUUAUAUUAGGGCGCUGUGCUGUCAGUGUCGGGAAAAUUUUUAUAGAUUCUUAUCAACCGGUUAAAUGAUAAACAGCUUGAAUUAGUCAUUUGUUUAGUGAUCAUUUUAUUUUUUCCCUUCUCGAAUUAGGUGUUUUCUCAGCUGGCUCAACAUUGUAACCAUCAAAAGUAAAUCAUGGGGGCCCAUGUCUCCCGAGAGGAUUUUGAAUGGUCCCAUAACGAAGAACCCCAUGCAAGCCGCAGAAAAAUAAUUUUAGCCAAGUAUCCACAAAUCAAGAAGUUGUUCGGUUAUGAUCCCAUGUUCAAAUAUCAAGUCAUUUUUCUAGUCUUUCUUCAGUUCGUGACAAUGUAUCUUAUUAAGGACAAAUCUUGGACCUUUGUUCUGAUUCUUGCAUACUGCUUUGGAGGGGUAAUUAACCAUGCCCUCAUGUUAGCAAUUCAUGAAAUGGCUCACAAUUUAGCCUUUGGUUAUUCACGGCCGAUGGCAAAUCGAAUCCUAUCGCUGUUUGCAAAUUUUCCCAUUGGAUUGCCUUUUGCCAUUACCUUUAAAUUUUAUCACCUUGAGCAUCAUCGAUAUCAAGGUCAAGACCAAGUUGAUACGGACAUUCCUACAUCUCUUGAGGCUAAAUUAUUUUGCACAACAUUUGGAAAAUUUGUAUGGCUUGCUCUUCAACCUUUUUUCUAUGCCUUUCGACCAAUGGCGGUGAAACCAAAAAAACCUACUUUGUUGGAAGCUGUGAAUGUUGUCAUUCAAUUGACAGUCAAUUUUCUUGUGUAUUAUUAUUUAGGUGGAAAAAUGUUAGCAUACAUGUUGUUGGGAUCAGUAAUGGCAAUGGGACUUCAUCCAGUGGCAGGACACUUUGUAUCAGAGCACUACAUGUUCAAGAAGGGUUUCGAGACUUACUCCUACUACGGCCCGCUGAAUAGAGUCACAUUCAAUGUAGGAUACCACAAUGAGCACCAUGACUUUCCGGCCAUUCCUGGCUCUAGACUGCCAGAGGUGAAAAAAAUUGCUCCUGAAUUUUAUGAUACCAUUCCUCAGCACCAUUCAUGGGUCUCAGUUCUCUAUGACUUUGUGAUGGAUCCGGAUAUUGGUCCAUAUGCUCGCAUCAAACGAAAACAGCGUGAAUUAGCUUCUUAAAUUUUAUACCAUCAGAUAUUGAAAACAGUUUUGUUCUCGGACAGAAAUUCUUUCAAAUUCAGUCAUAUUUAUCGUUCCUAUCUUUGAUUUCAAAUGGAAACCGAUGUGUAGAGCAAUUUUUCUUAUCUUUUUUGGAUAAGCUUCUGUAAAAACGCUAGAAUAUUGCUGACAUUGAAUGAAAAACUUAAUAUUUUUUUUUGUAGGAAAAUCAGAAAAACGCACCAAUGAGUUUAGAUGUGUAUGUUAAAUGAUACUUUUAAAAAGCAAAUGAAUACUUCUCUUAGAAAAAAAAGUCAAACUUGUGUAUCUCAUUGACAGUCCUUAAAUCUUGUCUGUGUUUAACAUUUAGGCUCUUCAUCCACCUUUCAAACGCCAUAUCUUAUUCAAAGUUUUUCAUGAAUCUAAUUUGUAUGUUUUCUUCUUACAAGGCUGAACAGUUGUGUAUUUAAGACUGAAUUGUAAGUGAAAAUUCUUUGUUACUGAGUCCUUGUAAGUAGCAUCUCCAGCAAAAAGCACCUUUCUCUCUAAGUUCAUUGCUGUAUUCCAAAAGCACCAUUAAUAUACCAUCGCCAUUCAGUCGCUUGAUAAGUAUGUAAUUCUAAUCUCAGAUUUCAAUUGUCUUUACUCAUCAGAUUUUUCCAUAUUCUCCAUUGCUCAAGCAGCUACAGCAGUAUUUUUGAUUAACUUGAACUAUAGAUUUUAAUAAGAAGAUGCAGAUUACCAAUUGCGGUAAAAUUCUUUGCCAGGAAUUAAAAAAUAACUGUCCUUUGGGCAGUUGUUUUGCGCUCCCCCAAAUGCAGGAAAAUCUGUCCAGUGGUCGACCUGAUGGAGAAAAAAAAACUGCUGCAAACAGACAGACUCACUACAAAUUUUAUGCAUUUAUCGAUGCAUGGUGAAAGAAAAAGAAAUCAGGAUUAAGGUGGAAAUUUUCAGGCACUUAGAGUGAAAGGUAUGUCCUUUCCCUACAAAAUAUGCAUAAUAUCAACCGAUUGAGUUGUCCUUAUUUAUUGUAUUACUUUAGUUUAAUUCUUGCAAUUAUGAACAUUGCUUUACUCACUUUGUAAAUUGCUUUUUGUAAAUUCAUAUCCUAAGAUUUUUCAAAUAAUAACGCAUUAUUCUAUCUAAGAAUCAGACUGAAUGGACUCACAGUUCCAAUCGUAAAGUAUAUUUUUGAAGCUGUAUUUGUAUCUUUGAAAAUAAUUCUACUUAGUUUCUUUUCUCGAAUUCCAAGGGAAGUAAAUGGAAAGAGGAAUUAUGUUAUUUUCUAGAAUUUAUUUUUGUGGUUUAUUUUGAAAACAUAUUUUCACUGCUUUCACAAUAAAACAGGGUUGCCAGCGACCCGGAAAACCGGAAAAGUCAGGGAAUUUGUGAGGACCAGGAAAAGUCCGGGAUUUUCUAACACAUCUACUAAUCACGGAUCUUCCAGCUGCUCACCUUUUCUUGUCAUGUUUAAGGCUUACCAUCUUUUAUCUAUCUGUUUAAUGCAUUUUUCUAUAAUGUGAUCUCUAAGUAACCAAGGAAUUUUGUCCUUUAGCGGAAGUUAGUGUGUAUAAAUAAUUUUGUUCAAAGGUCAGGGAAUUAGAAAAUUUCAGAGUCAGGAAAAAGCAAAAACAGUCAGGGAAGAAUCAGGCAAAGUCAGGGAAUUUGAAAAUGAAUAAAUUAUAGUAGCCUUGUAAGAUAAACUAAUCAUUGAUUUUUUUUCUCUGUCUUUCACAUUUAAUCGGCUCAUAAACUUAGGCACAAGUUGUUAGUGCGUGAAUCCAUACUCACCCUAAAAUUCUUUAUUAGUAUUAUUUUUACUCCAAAGUAUGGGUUAACUUUGAAGUCUUAAAGUGGAAGAUUCUGGAAGGUCUAGUGAAAAUAUGCUAGUAAAAUUCAAAUUGUAGGGAGGAAUAAAUGGCACUUUUUGUUGAAGUCUAAAAGACAGUUAUUUUUCAAGAUUCUCUAAUAGUAAGCCUUAUUCUAAAGAAUAAUACCUUUCUUUUUAGCUCUCUUUAUUAACCUGCCGCCUGCCUCAAACAAGAUACAAAAAUUUAAAAUUUAACAAAACCAAUCUGACUCUCUCUACGUACGAAAUUUUAAAAAUCAGUUCUGACACAUUCCAUUCUAGCUUCCUUGGAAGUCUUUUUACAGUCUAAUCAUGUGCAGGGAGCUGUUUAAUAACUAAGUAACUACCUACUUACCUUGCUUUCUUUUUUUUCCUCGUGAUUUUUUUCCCUAAAAUUAUACUUACCUUCCUUUAUAUUUUUUGUUUUUACUACACCUGUUUUAUCAAGAAAUUUAUUCCAUUAAGCAUUCAUUUAUAUGCUCUGAAAUACAUUUAAGUUGCAUCACAUACUUACAUUUACUUCCCUGUUUUCUCAUUUUUCUGAUUAGGUAAUUUGCAAAGCCUCUUAGAGGCUUUUGGUGAGAGCGAUUUUAGUACUCAAUGAACCGAAGGUUAAACUAAAUUUACUGCUCAGAAGUCUGAUUUUGCAGAAUAAACUGUGAAUGUGUAAUUGCCUCCAAUAAAAUGUUGUUGAAUUUAUUCUA